AUGACGUACUUCACGGUGUACUACGGCAACAAUGAGGCGAUGAUGUUCAACGCCGAGUGCACCACCGGCUCGCUGGUAAGCCGUAUGAUUGAGUUACUUGCGCCACACACCAGCGGCUACACGCGACUGGAGCUGCUGCCAAUUAACUUUGUGCUGGAGCAGUUUAAGCCGCCCACCAGCUCAAACGCGGCCUCGCGUGGCGGACAGUCAUCACACGACGCCACCAGCGAUACUGCCGCGGGCGCCGGCGUCGCGCAGCCAGGCACCCUCAGGUCCCAGCCCUUCACAGGCAUGAUUCCGUUUGUUGGGCUCGCCACCCGCGCGGUGGAGAGUUACGCAGACGCUGUGCUGGGCGGUGUGACCACGGCGGUGAGUUUCGCGUUGCCCGCAUCCACGUCGGCGUCUUCCCACUCCGCCUCCGCGGGCGGUACCUCAGCUAGUGCGGCGUGCGGCGCCGCCCCCAUCAUGCCGUCGCCGUUGCUGCAAAACGCCUACGUACUGCUCGGGUGCCGGUAUCAUCCGCAUCAUCAACCCCAGCCGCCGGCGCCGUGUGAGCGGUUCAGCGCGGUGGCCGCCCUCAACCUCCCCACACCAAACCUGACAGGGAACAAAACUACACCCAUGUCACCGCGGAAAACGUACAUUGGUGACGGCUUUACGACACAGCAGCAACUGGCCACGCUCCACCGCGCCCAAAUUAUCGCGGCCGCCCCUAUUGUGGCGGUGCCUCUCAACCGUGGAAGCGUCUGCAGCACCACCGCUCCCAGCGGUUUGGCGGCGGCAGCCUUUGCACAAGGCGGAAGCCCCAUCGCGGAUACCGGCAUGCUACUGGUGCACAACAACGGACUCUCCCUUAGCGGUGAUAGCUCAGCCGUCUGGCGCAGGAACUUUAGCAACUACCUCACCACGCUGCUCCUUCCCCAAGCCGGGGAGGCCCCUGGCAACGCCGCCGCCGCCGCUACCGUUUUGACAGGCGAUGCCGAGCGCCAAAAAGAAACAAAGACGACUAUGGACAAUUCCCAAGGUGAUACCGACACAGUGGUGAAUGCGGUACUGCUCCCCUCUGCCGCCACAGGCCUCUUCAAAACCCCCAUGCCCCCAAUCGCCGGCUACGACGUUCUCUGGCGAGGGACGCGUGGGGAGCACAUCCGCCUGCAGGACGCCCUUGACGAGCGCGUCUUCACCGACACCGACCCCAAAAAGAAGAAAUCGAAAAAAAAAUGA